AAUCGGUAAUUUUUUAAACCUCUCAAUCUCAGAGCCAAAAACCCUCUCUCCAAACAAAAGUCCAAAUAAAAGAAAGAAAAUAAAUAAUCUUAAAAAAAAAAAAAUUGGAAUAUUGUCUGUAUAUCACAAAGAAGCAAAUGUUAUUUGUAUUGCGUUACGUUACUUAGGUUUCAUCAAGAUCGGGAGACACUGUAAAUCCUUCAAUUCUGGUCUCCUUGAUCAAUUCCAUAACCUGCAUUGAACGGAUCCGAUCCAGGAUUUCAAAUUCUGUUUUUUUAUUCUAGAAUCUCUGGAUUCGAAAUCCGAAUCUGGAGCGCAAAAUCUCUUUGGUAAUGGAAGCAAAUGCGAGUGUGAAUCAAAAAUUCGGAAUUUUAAAUCCUCUGCAUUUCAAAUGAAUGUGCAGCUGUACGGAUCAGAUCGAGGAAUUUGCGGUUGUGUUGUUCUAGAUCGUGUUUUUAAUCUGCAUUUUGUUUAAUAGAAUCGGGAUUUCAUUAGGUUUUAAGAAGUUUGGAGGGAAUUUUCAGAGAUGGAUCCGAUAUCAGCAGUUAGCGAGCAGCUGGGGCAGAUCGAUGGACAAAUAGCUGACAUUUUUCGAGCUUUAUCAAAUGGGUUUCAGAAAUUGGAGAAGGUCAAGGAUGUCAAUAGGCAGAGUCGGCAAUUGGAAGAGCUUACUGAGAAGAUGCGGGAAUGUAAGAGGCUUAUCAAAGAUUUUGAUAGAGAAGUGAAGGACAUGGAAGGUAGAAAUGAUCCAAACACUAAUAGGAUGCUGAAUGAGAAAAAGCAAUCAAUGAUAAAAGAGUUGAAUUCAUAUGUUGCUCUAAAAAAGCAAUAUGCUGCCACUCUUGAAAACAACAAGAGAGUUGAUCUCUUUGAAGGGCCUGGUGAAGGGUUAAAUGAAGAUAAUGUAUUGCUAGCUUCAUCUAUGACGAACCAGCAGUUAAUGGAUCAUGGGAACCAAAUGAUGGAUGAUACUGAUCAAGCAAUUGAGAGGGGUAAAAAGAUUGUUGAAGAGACCAUCAAUGUUGGAACAGAGACUGCAGCAGCUCUUAAGGCUCAGACUGAGCAAAUGAGCAGGAUUGUUAACGAGCUUGACUCUAUUCAUUUCUCGAUCAAGAAAGCUUCUAAACUGGUCAAGGAAAUUGGUAGGCAGGUUGCAACUGAUAGGUGCAUUAUGUCAAUGCUCUUCCUUAUUGUUGCUGGGGUUGUAGCCAUCAUUAUUGUGAAGCUUGUGAACCCUAAUAACAAGGACAUUCGGGAUAUUCCUGGAUUAGCUCCUCCUGCCCAGGCUCGUAGAUUACUUUGGAAACCUAAUUAAGAAAAACAAAAGUUUGAAAUGGGCCGAUUCAUGAGCUUGUCAGGAUAAUUUGCAAUCCAAGAGUACUGGACAAUAUUUAGCAGGAUCCAGCAUUGCAGAAUCAGUUUGAUGACGGCACUGGUACAUUUUCUUUUUUCUCAAAGAAGUUGAAUUCUUCGAAUGCUUGUCUCCAGAAUUAUUGUUGUAGUUCAUUGAGUAGUUUAAAAUGGAAGAGGCCUGCCACAAAAAAAAAUCCAAGAGAGGAGGGACACCUAAAUAUGUAUUCUUGGUGUAUUGAUUCAUACCAUGUAUAAUUGCCCUUGUAUGAAUUGUUUCAGCUUCAUAUUGUUUAUGAUAUUCUUUUUGAGAUUGAUUCGUUAAACUUGCAUACAGUUUGUGCUACUGAAUGAGUAGUUGGUGCCCAUUUGGCGCAUGCUGUAAUUGAUAGCAGAUAGCGAAGUUAUGGCAUGUUGGGCAAUAACUUUUGAACUAGUUUUUAACAUUUUUACCGAGUAAAAA